AUGGGAUAUGACUGGGUAGGUUUGUUACAAACCCAUGGACAUUCCUCGUGUAUAUGUGUUCGUUUGUCAGGAGGAUGAUAUCAUAAAUACCAUUUUAAAUAUACAGCUAAUUCAAUUAAUAUUUUCCUUUCAAAGUCAAAACUUGAUAUGCAAAACCUCAACCUCUAAGUUUGAAAGGCACAUUGUCAACAGAUGCACACGUGUAAAAUGGCAGCAAAGACGUUUGUUUUGCAACAUGCUACGGUCUAAUCGAAGCAUUAAAAAAUACAUCACAGUGCUUUUCGCAUUUACUGCUCAACGUUUUGCGGUUGUAUGCUUCGAUCUUCAGAAGACAACGUUAAUUGAAUUAGUUGUACCGUUUAACCCAUUGAGUGGCAGCAGUUUUCCCUUGAUGAAUAAAAUCGUCUGGCAUUAAAUGCACAAUGCAGCUUAAUAGGUCAAUCAGAUUUCAGCAUACUUGAUGUGUAUAUUCUCCCAGUUUAAUUUAGCGAUCAAUGACAUUCAAGAAGUCCUUGAGGAAACCAAGAAAGUAAUGGCGAACAACAAGUUGCCAUCACGAGAUAAUCCACUGUGUGUUGAGGUCUCACUUAAAACAAACGAGGUAGCUUUCAUUGCCUGUGCAUGAUAUUUAUCCCUCUAUUUUUGUGGCAAAAUGAAGCAGGUUGUGAAAUACAUAUAAGUUGUUUUAUUUUCAAUAUUUAGGGCAACACGAUGGUGUUAGAGACAUGGCGAUUGGGAGUUGAUGAGAAGUAAGAAUACUCCAAUCUAUAUUCAGUUCAGAUAAGCUUUAGAUAGUUAAUAUUUGACCUUUCUGGUGGAUAUAGUCGGUGCGUUGCAUAAACAGAAGAAAGAUUUUCUAUAUAUAGAGAGGAUAUUACACGGCGGCGCGAAGAUAUGACUUUUAUCUUCGAGUGGUGAAAACAAUAUUGUUGUAAGUUAAAAUAUUGUUUUUAACACGAGAAGAUAAAAGUCAUAUCUUCAAGCCACCGUGUAAUGUUCUGUUUAUUAUAUAGUCCCAAGCAAAAAAUUGUGAAAUUUCACGCUCAAAGUGCAAAAAGUCACGUGAUCGAUAUCUUCACUAGUGAAGAUAUGGAAAAUAUCUCACUGUGUAUUUUUCAGUAUCUCACUCUCUACUAUAUAAUAAAUUUCCAUAUUUCCAUCAGUUCUUGACAGACUUCAGAUCCAACGUGGCUUGAUUGAACUGUGCAUAAUCGUUCGCUGAGGUUCACGCCGUACUUAAGAGUGCGCUCUGGGUCUGGACCGAACUAAAGAUUAAUUAGAAUCUUUUUCAUCCCUGAUAAGUCUGAUUCAACAAUUCUUUUCUGCUUGGCCUUUUAGGCACAAGGCUGACAACCUACAAUAUUGCCGAAAAAACUAUGUUAAACACUGCAGAAACAAGAGUAUACUCUCUGCACCCUUCUGAGAAUGUUGAUAAAUACGGGUGGCCCGUGGCCCCUUGCUGAACUUAUUUCUAAUGGUUUUAUUUAAUAUCUGCAGACGAGAGAACAACAGUAAGAUAACGUACACAGUAUACAAUAGAAUGGGAAUCUUGCUCAAGUCUUUGAUUGCUGUGUCAAGAGUUACACCUGCCUAUAAGAUUGCCAGAAAUCAAGGACAUGAUUACAUCUUGUGUUAUAGGUGAGUGAACAUUAACAAACUGUUCUAGUACUACGUUCUAUGCUUAAAAAAAGAGAGAGAGAGAGGUUCCUCUGUGACAAAAGGUUGAAGGUCUGGUCUAUUUUACUUUGUUUUCUAGAAUUUAUUUCGGCCAAGUACGAGUAUCGGAGUUCGGGGAAAGUAAGUAAGAAAUUGAGUUGGUAUUACAGAUUGUGAAAAUUAUUUUAUGUACUGUAUGAUUAUAAAAAGUAAUAUCAAAAUUACGUCCAGUAUCUUGUUUCUGUACUGAUCAUGGCAUUAGUUUGCCGAUUCAAAAAAUUUGUCGUCUAUUGCAAAUGCAUGACAUAAUAUUUGCCAAUUCCAUCUUACAUUAGGGCGUGAUCUAGCUUCACCCAAUUGUUAAGGAUUGGAUCAAAUUUAUUUGAACGGUUUUUAGGAAACUGUGAUACGGUUUUUAUUUUUCAGAUUAUCAUGUGAUGCCUGUUGGCAGCAUUGGCACGCCACGUGGAGGACUGACUCUUUCAGUGGCAUAUAGAACGAAGUUGGCAUUACCACAGAGUAAUAGGUAAUACAUCUACCUGUGCACUUUUCUCCCACUUGUUUGAGACUUGAAAGUCUGCGAUCAGCAAUCUUUUGCACCAUUCUACAGCUAAUUUUCACUCAAUUAGCUCAUAUUCCAAAGGGAUAAUUUUGGAGGUUAUUUCGGAGGUUAACAGUUGUUGUUGUAUUUCUAGUCAAGCAUCGGCUCGUCUUGGAUCAAGCAGUGAUGUCGCUCCUCAGCUUGGCAGUAUUACGGAUUCAGGCAUGCAGUAUCCUGUCGCCAUGACAACAGAGUUCAGGUGAAAACAUCACGCAAAACGAUACGCAUGUUGUAUAUCAGAUGUUGUAAUUCGCACGAGGAAACACGUUGCAUGCAAGUUGCAGCAAUUUUGGGUCAUUUCCAGAUUCACAACCUCAAUUUAAAUCACAAUCCAAACCUGGUCCCAACUAGUCAUUUUGUUUCGCGUACGAAAUAUUGAGAGUCCAAACUCACUUGCACCUGGGAAUCCCAGCCCAACCUCGGUCCCAGGGUCUUUCUGGGAAGGAGGUUGAUCGCGGCGCCUAAAUUGCUGCAUUUCCGAAGCUGAUCCCGGACAGAUCUAAAAUUGUAUAUAAAUUUUAGCCUGAAAUUUCCAUGUACUGCAUGAAAACUCAAAUACAUUCGUGAGCAAAUAGUAACUUAUAUGAAAAGCUUUUGUGGUUGCAAAACAUAUUUUAAUAUCAAAAUAAAAAUCUCGGAGCACACCAUGCAAGCCGAUCAUCGAAAUAUCUGUGGUUUGCAGCUACGAAUGACAACCCCUAACCGCUUAAUGUAAUUUUUGUUUGUGCCGUUUAGACAUCAUAUUGUCGAGGAAAUAGCAAGCGCUGUAGCAGACACAGAUUUAUCCGGUAGUAAUUUAUCGCCACAAACAUUCAACACAACAACGAGUACGGCGCCAUCGAUCUUAGUCGAACCUUCAUCUCCAACCGAAACAACUCGAGCGGAUGAAAGUCAAAAUGUCGCACAACGAAGAUCUACUCCUCAGGAAUUUAAAAGGUACAAAAAACUAGGAUCAUUAUAAAGAUAUCACUGAUUCACACUAAUACGUUUGUGUUUGUCUUAUUUCGCCACAGGAAUAGAACGUUUUCAGAAACGAAGGAUGCGAAUGCUGGCUAUGCCACGCACGCUGCUUUUGUAGCCGAGGGGAAAAGGAGUUCAGUAAGUCUUACCACAUAAUAAUAUAUAUUUUAGUCAAAUAUGGCAAUAAAUGCUGAUUUGGACAUAUGUUCGGUAAAACGUGUAUAUUUGUGUGAACGUUUUGAAGUUGAAAUCAACCUUUGUUACAAAACGGACAAAGUUGUUGCAAUGUUUGUUGCUCCUACCUUAUAUUUGACAUGCAACACAACGCCACGUGAUUUGAUUAACAGAAUACAAGCAUUAAAAAUUCGAUGGAAUGGUAGUUUUAUGUUUUCCAUUUGUUAUAUACAGGUAGGAAUUACUCCACUUUCGUCCACACCUCCAUUUGCCAGUCUGUUAUUGAAUAAGUCCUCUAACAGUCAGCAAACAUCAACUAGCUCUGGACAUGAAAAGGUAACUUGAAUACUGCCCAAAUGUUGUGUGCUAGAACGUUUCCUUCAUACGAGCCUUUGUUUUACAGGAAAAUGAAAAUAACACAGUUAAGAAUACAAAAACUAGCACAAAUACAAGUCAAAGCGCACUUGAAGACGAUUUUAUUAUGGUGGAAUUAGUAAGUUGCUUUUUUACAUCACGACUUUACGUAAAACGCAAAAUGAAAGAUUUUUCUUGCAUAAUAUUGUGCAGCUGAAUCUAUUUUCCUAUAUUCUAUACCAUAUACCAUACCAUACCAUACCAUACGACAAUACCAUGCUAUGCCAUAAAGUACCACACAUCAUACCAUACUGCACUCACAGAGAGUAAAAUGUAUGAUAUGCAUUUCCUACUAGGAAGUGAUAUUACAGCUGAAUGAAAUCUUUUCUUUUAGAAAGCGGCGUUUGCUCCAGAAACAUCAUCAACAGACCUCACUCAAUUUUAUCGUGAAUGUCAGAAUGCUCCGCCUCUGCAGCUGUUUGAUCACGCAGCAGCAGCACAGCCACUCAGCACUCUCAUGGUAUGUGACAAAUUGCGAGCUUGUCUGCAUACCUGCAAAGUACUGAAAAUUCGAUGUUUCGAGCGAAGGCUUAGGAUUGUUGAGCAUUUUAGGCCUAUUUACAAAUAAAAAGAAAAAGCUCUAAAUAAGAUAAAUAGAAUAUAAAAAAAAUUAAUGACUGUGAAAUUCCAAGUUCAGAAGCAACCUGCGACGUAGCUGGUGUUCUUUUGGAAGUAGAUUCCAUUCCAUAAUUGUUUAUACAAUUUUUCUUAACUAGUUAAUGCAUAAUAACAUAUCACAUAUUUCGACCGGAGAAUUUGCGUACUGUUCCGAAUUUGUCGGAGCUUUAUAUAUAGCUUAUUAAACUAUAACAGGAAUUUUACUGUUAUAUGUGUUUUCGUGAAUUUAAAGAGCGAAUUUCUUUCUUAGGAUACCGUCAGUAAUGAAUUGGAUGUUUUUGAAGAGAACAUGAAAAAUUUUGAUGAAUUUAUCGACCAGUUAGAAAACAAGAAAGAUGUAAUUCCUAAUUAGCUUUCACACAUGCAGAUUGUAUCCCCCCGGGUCAUUUGCUCGUUUGGAUGGACCCACUGGAUGGACCUGACCCUCUCUCCUUUUACAUGAAAUUUCUGGUCAGCGGAAGUGUCUAUCGCUCCCUGUGCGCUCACUUUUAUUUAAGAAACUUCAUGUAAGUUAUUUGUAAAUACUUAAGGGGGCUCUGCGGAGGAGAAAGGACUUGGCCUGACUUUGAUUUUACCCAACCUCGUACCCAGGGCCUUUGCGCGGUUCAGAGGCUCUGGUAUGGGCACAGAAUAAAGAUCAGUAACAGAAGGGCCACGGCGGUGCAACGUGUCCUCGUUUUUUUAUGCAAAAAUAUGCAGUUUACUGGUCAGAAGGCGGAGCAGCCAGCCAGUACAGCGUGUUUAUUGGCCAGAAAAUGUCAUUGACUGGCUAGGAAGAUGGCGGCCAACAUGCGUAAUGCGACAUGCGCGUGGACAAAAAUUUCAAAGCUUCCGACGUAAGUGGCCCUUCUAUAUGGAUCUUUGUUCUAUGGUAUGGGAAGCAAAGGGCCUCUGAACCGCGCAAAGGCCUGGGUACGAGGUUGGAUUUUACCAUUACAGCUCAGUGGGUUAUACAUUAAAAAGCGGAAAUUUAGGGGAUUGAAAUUUUUUCCAAUUAUUAUGUACAUUACUGAGUGGAGAGGAUUGGAAAAUACUGUGUUUGAUAAAAUAAUCCAAGUAAAAUAUAAUUUAAGAAUAAUUUUGUUGUGGAGUUUUUAACUAGAAGUUAAUGAAAAUGGCCCGAUUUAUACUAGAGACGGAUCAUCCGUCAAGACAAAUCAUCCGUCUGACGGAUGAUCUGUCUAAGUAUAAACACAAGACGAACUAUGUAGACGAACUAUGUAGACGAAUUUGCCAGACGAAAUAGAAUCGCGCGAUCACAACUGCAUGGGAAGUUCGUCUGUGUAUAAACGCGGGCAAACAGACGGAUCAUCCGUCAAGACGAAUUACGCACGCAAGUUCGUCUAACCAGACCAGGGCGCUUAUAAGCGCCCUGAACCAGACGAACUAUGCAGAUAAUUCGUCUUGACGGAUGAUCCGUCUGUUUGCCCACGUUUAUACACAGACGAACUAGAAGACGAACUACCUUUUGCUUGCCCAAGUUCGUCCAGACGGAUGAUCCGUCUCUAGUAUAAAUCCGGCCAAUAGCUGGGUGUCACAACACCAUCGUGUAACAUACUUCAGGAAGUUUUUUUAAACGGGGAGAGGGGAGGUGAAAGCAGUGUGUUUUGUGCUUUUCAUCUAACUUAGCGCGUGUUCAUAUGAGCAAAAGUUAUCCCGGUUAACGAGAAAACUUUUCGACUAGUCAAUUAAAUACUUUUGUUCAAUUAAAUUCUGUUCAUAUGGAGAAACGUAUUUAUCCCGCUUACCGGGUAAAGUUUUCGGCUGUGACGUAGCACUGAACAGCAGUUGAAUUGAAAAGUUGCUGACACGAUCGAAACUUAUCCCGCUAAGUCGGGGAAAGUUGUGUUCAUAUGGGCAAAACAUCCCGGUCACUAAAAUCUCGCCUGUCAACAAGCGAGAUCUCGUCUGUCAACAAGCGAGAUCUCGGUACACGGGAAAACUUUUGUCUCAUAUGAACGCAGUGUAACUUUUCAUAUUAUUUUAAUACCAAGGCGAGAUCUCGCUUGUAAACUUGUCGAAAAGUUUUCUCGCUAACCGGGAUAACUUUUGCCCAGAUGAACAGGCAUAAAAAUCUUAUUUUACAAUCCAUGAUACGAAGAACGUAACCCCCGGAAAUAAACCCUGGGAGCCACCUUACAGUCAAUUUCAGCUGACUUUUCAUCGUAAGAUUCCGAACUUCGUUGCGAACUUCGCAAAUUCGUUGCGAAGUUCAAAAGUUCAUAAUGAAAUUCACAAACAGGUUUGUGAAUUUCAUUAUGAACUUUUGAACUUGGCAAUGAAUUUGCGAAGUUCGGAACGAAGUUCGGAACCUUACGAUGAAAAGUCAGCUGAAAUUGACUGUAAUGUACGAACUUCUUACCCUACGACAAAGGCGUUGGGGUAAAUUCCCCCCUCCCUCCCCCCGGUAAUUCGUAUAAUACGACCGCUGCUGCAUGAUACUGCUGGCUAUCAUGAGGUGUACUUUAGUCUUUUACUAUAUUUUGGUAAAUCAUUGUUGUAUAUUAAACUUCUAUUUUAAAUCUAAAUUUUAUUUUUUAUAUCAAUACUCGAGUGUUCAUCUCUUGCACACCCAACUGUUUGUCAUUUAGUUCCUAUGCUUAAAAAAUUGCGGGUUUUCUCUGUUGGAUAUCGCGUAUUGUCAUACCAAAGCAGGGUUCAAAAUCUAUUUAAUACUGGAUUAAAGGGAUUUGUUACAUCAGCCGGGUUGUGCUGUAAUAAAGUCGACAUGAAGAGAAGUUGGAAUAAACCCGAUGGAGAGUGUGAACUUAAAAUAUAUAACAGCUUGACAAAAGAAAAGGUAAGGGCACACAGAUAAAAAACAGAUGAAUAUACAAGACAAUAAUACAAAGUAACACUCUUGGAUACAUCCAAAUGUAUAAAAGUGUCCUUAUUAGAGGUAUCCAUUUUAUAGAAAAUUAUGUGUAUUGGGACAUUGAAAACUGUCUGUAUUAAAAUAGUAUAUAUUAUAUAUAUAUAACAGCUUGACAAAAGAAAAGGUAAGGUCACACAGACACACAGAUAAAAACCAGAUGAAUAUACACAAGACAAUACAAACACUCUUGGAUACAUCCAAAUGUAAAGUGUUCAUAUUAGAGGUAUCCAUUUUAUAGAAAGUCAUGUAUAUCGGGACAUUGAAAACUGUCUGUAUUAAAAUAGUGUCUCUAACGCUCGGAGGCUGCAGCAAAGCUGGGUUGGGGGGGAGGAGGGGAAGGUGGUGCUGGUCAGGGGUCCAUACCUCACUUUUUUACUGAGUAAAAAGGUAACUGAUAGUAUAUGGCUAAAAUUUAAUCUGAUUACAAUAGGCUUUGUUCACUCAUUUGCCCCCCUCCCAAACACAUUCUGUGGAUUCUUAUCUUGGUUCUUGGAUUUAGAUCACGGACGUCAAAGACGAUGUGAAAAAGGCAUCAAAAUGGUGUGGUAUAUCCAUACAUGGGCACAACACACCAUUUUAAUGUCGUCUUUGACGUCCACAUCCUUGAUCUAAGUAUGUCUAAUAUGAAGGAAGACUGUUAUUCAUUACCUUACUUUAUUAUUUUACUCUGUCUAAUACCACAUGAUUUUACUGGGCCAGGGGAGAGCUAGUGGCAGCUAGUGCCUAAAUUUUUGGUUAUUUUUACAGAAUGACUUCAUUCCUCAUAAAGGCCGUCUGGUGAAAUGGUAUUGCUGUGGGCCUACUGUCUAUGAUGCUUCACAUAUGGGACAUGCAAGGUAAGAUGUGUUGUUUUUCACCAAGGCAGCUAGAAAAGCCUGGGCAGAAAAUGUGUUGAAAAUUAACUGGGCAGAAAACAAUGAAAAUGGGAUGGGAAUAGGUGAUGCAGAUAAUAUAAGCUACUGUAAUUUGUAAUAUUGCAUAAUUGAGUAUGUAUCAAAAUGACAUGUUCUAAGCUCCACACUCCCUCUCCCGAGGAAAUUUCUGUAUUAUCAACAACAUUACAACUAUCUUAUGUGUAUGUAUGCGAGCAUGCUCAUGAGCAUACCAGAUUUUAGUUUGUUACAGACGUAUGUCUUAACCCUUUAAUUGGCCAUGUGCCCUGAUGCCCCCUACUAUUAUACAAUUACUUUAUGGUUUCCGUGUUUGGUUGGCCUGAUCCAAACACGCGGGAAUGUUGCGAGAGUUAAGAAAAGCGAGCGAAAUCACGAGCCGAAGGCGAGUGGUUUUGCCCGCUUUUCUUAACUCGAGCAACAUUCCCAAGUGUUUCGAUCAGUCCAUCCAAACACGGAAACCAUAAAGUAAUUGUUUUAUAAAAUAACAACAACACGAUAGUACUAUUAUACAAUUACUUUAUGGUUUCCGUGUUUGGUUGGCCUGAUCCAAACACGCGGGAAUGUUGCGAGAGUUAAGAAAAGCGAGCGAAAUCACGAGCCGAAGGCGAGUGAUUUUGCCCGCUUUUCUUAACUCGCUUUUGACCAAUCAGAACACGCGUUAUAUACAUGUUAUUUUAUAAAUUAUUUUAAUCUGUCUAACACCAGGCAGUUUUACUAAUCAAGGAGAGAGCGCUGCCAUUCAGUGGGUUAAUUAGGACUUGAUUGCAGAUGAUUUUGAAUUGUUUAUAGAUCUUACAUUGCAUUUGAUAUUCUGCGAAGAGUUUUCCAACAUUAUUUCAACUAUGAUGUGUUUUAUGUGAUGAAUAUUACUGAUGUAGAUGAUAAGGUUAGCAAUUAGGUUGUAAUACAUAUUGUUAAUGUACACUACAGUAGGUUGAUGGUAUCAUUGGCACUGACAGGAUUUUAUUUGGGGGGGGGGGGCAACUUAAUUUGUGAAGUCAGGUCUUGGAGUAUGCCUCCCCCCCCCAGAAAAACAUUUGGGUCUGAAAUGAUGCGACCACCUCACACACGCAUUGGCAAGGCAGUUGCCUCCCCUUGCCUGGUGGUGCCUACUGGAGGGUGGGAGGGUAUUGUUUCUUGAUAUAUGUGUGCUCGCCCCCCCCCCCCCUAGUAUGCUUUUGACUUAGUUGGUGAUGUUUGAGCUGUGACCUAAGCAAUCCUCUACCUUCAAUUAAUCACUGUCAACAUGAUUUGAUGUGUUUCAUUUUGCAUUGCAUGUUUGUGUUAUUGCUAAUAACAUCUUAAUCAUUUUGCUUUUAACUCCACAGAUUAUUUUCAGAGCAAGAAGAAAUUUUUUGAUGAAAGAAUACAAAGAUAAAGGACAUUCAGUUGGUCAAAUUCUGUCUGAUGUUGAUCAGUCCAUGGAGGUUUGUGUAUUUUAAUCUAUAUAGAAUUGGAGCAAUAUCUUUAGAAUUCUCACCCGAAUUGCUCACUGGUUUUAGUCCUUUAUUACUCCAAAGUUGUGAACUGAGUAGCAACAACAAUGUGAACAACCUUUGCCAAAUUUGUCUAUAAUGGCGUUUUACAGAAAUUUACGCAGAAAUUUCAUACGACUACAGAUGUUGACAAACGAAAUAUGAUGGAAAAGAUCAUUGUGAGUAAUUUUCAUUUUAAAUCACACUGUUCCCCUUGUAGAUUGUAUAAUCAUUGUCACUAUCAUCAUCAUCACCAUCACCAUCAUCACCAUCACUGAGUUCUGGCAUGUGAAAACGGAGUUCUGGCAUUGAAAAGGGAGUUUUGGCAUUUGAAAAGGGAGUUUUGGCAUUUGAAAAGGGAGUUUUGGCAUUUGAAAAGGGAGUUCUGGCAUUUGAAAACGGAGUUCUGGCAUGUGAAAACGGAGUUUUGGCAUUUGCAAAUGGAGUUUUGGCAUUUGAAAAGGGAGUUUUGGCAUUUGAAAAGGGAGUUUUGGCAUUUGAAAAGGGAGUUCUGGCAUUUGAAAACGGAGUUCUGGCAUGUGAAAACGGAGUUUUGGCAUUUGCAAAUGGAGUUUUGGCAUUUGAAAAAGGAGUUUUGGCGUUUUGAAAACGGAGCUCUGGCAUGUGAAAACUGAGUUUUGGUAUUUGAAAAUGGAGUUUUGGCAUUGGGAAAGGGAGUUUUGGCAUUUGAAAAGGGAGUUUUGGCAUUUGAAAAUGGAGUUUUGGCAUUUGGAAAUGGAGUUUUGGCAUUUGAAAAGGGAGUUCUUGAAAUUUUCUACCUUACUUAAGCAUGCAUAGGACCUUCUGACGGCAUUGCAAGCGCCGCUACCUAGGAUCUCAACAUCUGACAAUCAUGCCUUUAAGACAAGUGGCAACUGGGGUUGUAAGUAUAGAGAUUUGCAGGAUGAUCUAGUUCAUCCUUCCUUUGCCCUACCUCACCUAGAUUCCAGUCCUCUCGUGUAAAAAAUCGCUGAAAUUGAAGGCUCUUGGUCUAGGUGGUCUAGGCUGGUUUUUUCUAUAUACCACUCUCUCGAUUACCAACCAUCUUGUGAUACAAUGUUGCUCUCGUCUCCCAAGGUCUCAUCCGACUUCUUUGAACUUCUUGCCCAGUUGACAAACGUUCACAUACCUACUGUAUAUAUGUUAGCUACAAAUAUGUUUAAAAGUAUGUGAAAUGUAUCAAAAACUAACGUAAAAGUUUGAUUUGUAAAUUUUAGAAUGAGGUCAACAUGGUUAAAGAAUUGUUAACAAAACUUCAAUCUUCAGAAGACCAUGAUAAAGUUUCUCAUGAGACCAAGGUAAAUUGGCCUUUUCGCGGUUUUUCCAGGUUUUCCGUUUAAACGUGAUUCCACGAGCGAAAACGUCCAUUAAUUUCAUUUGUAUGUUUACGUGAAUCAUGAUUGCUUCCGCGAUUUUUUCGAGAACGCGAAAUAAUUUUUGCGAUUUUCUGUGACUCGUAAAGAGACUAAAUAUUUAACUCAAUGCAUUUCGUGGAUGAGAAUAUAGGAGCGCUAGUUUUCAGGACAAAUUUUAUGGGAAAGUUCGAUUAACUAUUGUAUAACCGGGAUAUUUAAUAUUAUUUUACUUUAGAGACUUCUUGAAAAGGCGUUUGAUCCUUUAUCGGCAUGGUUAGAUGGUCAGGUAUGUUUUUCUUGGUGUGCAUGCAGUGUAUGACAUCUCCACCCAAAUUUAUAAGCAGCCUAAUAAACCAUACAGGCGUCUCAAUCGCAAAAACGACGCACGCCAAUUCAAUAUUAGAAGAUUUGAUUUUCUCCGCAGCUGUAUUUUCAAAUUUACUUGUUGUAUAUGUAAUGGCAAAACAGUUUUGGUUUCAUUUGUUUUAAUCUAGUUUGGUUCUGGUAUAACAGAGCACAACAUAUUCGCAGAGCUUUCUCAACACUGGGAGCAGGAGUUUCAUAAAGACAUGGAAGCUUUGAAUGUAAGAAUACUGUUUAAUUUUAUAAUGCAGUCUUGUAUGAAUUAUGUGUGAAUUCAUGUAUUAUUUAUUGCAUUUGUCCAGAUACUACCUGCUGAUUGUCUCACAAGAGUUAGUCAAUAUGUUCCUGAAAUUGUUACGUUUAUACAGAAGAUUAUAGAUAAUGGCUUUGCGUAAGUUUCAUGUCCUCAUAUGACUCAUGUAUUAGUGAAAGCAUAUUAUUCUUACAUGACGUAUUGGAACUUUUUUCUGCAGGUACGCGGCAGAAGGUUCAGUCUAUUUUGACACUGUGAAAUUUGCCUCGAGUGAUCGGCACGAGUAUGCUCGACUUGUACCGGAAGCUGUCGGAGAUUUGGACGCAUUGGCAGAAGGCGAAGGGGAACUAAGUCAGAAUGAAUUAGGAAAGAAAUCUAAUCGGGAUUUUGCUUUAUGGAAAGCCAGUAAACCAGGAGAACCCGCUUGGCCUUCGCCCUGGGGGAAAGUGAGUGUUUGAGCAGCUUCUUUAUAAUUCAGGGGAAGUGACGUCAUAAUUCGACAUAAACGUUUACUAAUUGGUAGAGCACCAGUUUAUCGCUUUGAUUUACCUUGCUUAAUACGAAUUCAGAAAGGCAAUUUUUUUUGCAAAUUCAGGCAGUCGUUUCGUUUACGGUCCGUUAUUCUUCCUACCCAAAAUUGCGUGCUUUCUCAGCAUGACGUAAUAUUCGCACGUGACUACAAGACCUGGACUUAAACCUAGGUAGAAAUUUAUGCCUUGGAAAUUGGGGUCCGAGGAAACUGCCUGGGGCCAAAAUAAUCGUACUGCACAUUGCAUAAAGACUGUCAGUGGUAAAUUUGUUGUGAAUCAGUAGGACUAAGUCUCCCUUUGUCAAAAGUCUGAAUAAUGAAUUCAUUCUUGAGCCAUGUGUGGAAAAACACUUAGACGGCUAUGAAAAAUUUCUCCCUCUACUUGUCACCGUAAUUAAAUAAUCAUGUACAGUAAGCUAAGAAGCAUUCAAUGAAUUAAUUUUUUUCCAGGGCCGACCUGGUUGGCAUAUAGAAUGUUCUGUUAUGGCUAGGUAAGGAUUGCAGCUAUAAGUUUUUAUGAAUCCUCGUAUAGACGGGCAAUGUUUCCUUUGACGAAUUUUUCUUGACAAGUUUCAUCUGCUCGUGUGUGCGGAAAAACUUGACAAUUUUUCCUUCUCAAGCUGCAGCUGACAUAUUAUCUGCGAUUUAAUUGGCCAGAACGCUUAUGAACUAUUAGUGAUCUUUUGAAUUUGGUUUCAGUGAUGUUCUAGAUUGUCCCAUAGACAUCCAUACUGGUGGAGUUGAUCUCAAGUUUCCUCAUCAUGAUAAUGAACUGGCACAAGCUGAGGUAAACAUGUCUUGUUUCAUUUUUUCCCCUAAGCUUGAAGUCCACAUAGUUUGACUGAAACAACGAGAUGAGAUAUAGGAGAGAAACUCUCGGUCGCGCCUGAUUGCAAACUGUCUUUUUCUCCCUUGCAUACACUCCCAUCGGCCCACCUUUGGAAACGUCGCACGAUUAUAUCCAGUCAACUCUUUUAUAUAGCUCUUAUUCACGUUUGACCAGUGCAUGUGAGUUGAGAAAAGUCUCGUUUUAAACAAUUCUUUUUUCAACUGUCAUCAACUCUUUAUUAUACAGCUCUUGUUCUCGUUUGAUGCUGGUAUGAGAGUUAAGAAAACUUAUUAACACUUGUCUUCAUUUGACCAGGAAAUAAGUUACCAGUUCAAAUGUUCAAUUAAAGUGAAUACAUAUUUUUCAUAUAUAGGCUCAUUACAAUUCUGACCAAUGGAUAAAUUAUUUUCUUCACGCUGGUCACCUGACUAUUGAAGGUUGCAAGAUGUCCAAAUCAUUAAAAAACUUUGUUACAAUCAAGGUAGGUUUCUUGUUAUUUACAUGAGCAAAAUGUGGACAAGAUCUGGUAGCAAUUACCAUUCAAGCCAUUUUCAUGAAGGAGAGCCAUAUCUAAUUUUAGUAUGCAGUGAUAACCAAUUUGUGCAGUGAUAAAGUAAUCGUGUGCGGUUAUAAACGCUGAAAAUGUGAAGUAAUAACAUUUGUUGUGUGAAACAUCAUCCACUAGAAAAUUUUUUCUUAGGAUGCUCUCGCCAAGAACUCUGCUCGACAAAUUCGUUUGGCUUUUCUUCUUCACGCGUGGAAUUCCACUUUGGACUACAGUGAAAAUGUUUUGAAAGAAGCCGUUCAAGUUGAGAAGCUAUUUAAUGUAUGUAUUAAAAUAUUAAGUCCAAGUUGCUCAUUUCCCUACAAUCACAAUUAAAUUACAGCUAGUUAUAUCUUUAAACUGUUCCUAUUCCUUAUAGCCCUAAUUCCAACUAUAAUCUUCACUUUAAUCCAAUACCUCUUAUCGUUACAUUCAUCCUAACCUUAUCCUGACCCUAACCUUAUCCUGACCCUAACCUUAUCCUGACCCUAACCUUAUCCUGACCCUAACCUUAUCCUAACCCUAAGCGUAUAUAACCGAAUCCCUUUUUGUCCAGGAUUUUUUCCUUGCUGUAAAAGACAUCCUACGUAAACCAGAAGGCGUUUCUGCGUCUCGUCAUAACUAUCAUAGUGCUGAGAAGGACCUUCAGACAAGGUAAAAUUUUAAUUCAUUUAUAAAGUUCCAAAUUCCACAACAUCGCGAAAUUUUUUUUAAUAACCUUAUAAUUAUUCUGCGUUACGUAUGUGGGAUUAAUUUUUUGUGUCUUGUUACAGUUUUCAUGAGAAGAAGUCUGAAGUGCAUCACGCCUUAUGUGGUAAGUGGAAUUCAAUUUAAGUGCUCAAAAGUCAAAAUAAUUUCCUCUCGAGACGGGAACAUACAGGAAAGAGCCUGGGUAGAAGGUUUAUAUUUUGCGAGAGUAAAAAAAUAAACAAGGUUAUAAGUUAGCGCUAGUGGAAGCAAUAGAAAUUGUUUUACUGUAUUAGAUAUUCUAGUUUUACGUUCAUUAUUAGGGAGCUUAAUAAGGUACACCAAAUCUACGACGCGGACGGUGACAAGAAACUGCCGCUAUUAUCACAGUUUCACUUCACGAGUAAAAACUAUGGAUUAUUGUUGGUAAACAAAGCCAUGGACACGAAAAAAGUAAAACUAGUCUCCAGUUAUUACCGACUGUUUUUUAGUCGUGUCCGCGUCGUAGAUUUGGUGCAUCUUAAGCUCCCUAUUAUCAUCACUACCACCAUUACCAUCAUCACAGAUUACCACGAGGCAUUUACCUACAAAUAUGUACUUUUUUAGACAUCUAAUCCUUACUUUGCUUACGUUUUGUAGAUUCGAUCGACACUCCUACAGCUCUCUUCAACAUGCAGUCUCUUGUUAAACUCACAAACAUUUACAUUGCUUCAAAGAAGCAAGCGAACGAAUCUCCAAAUCAUCAGAUAUUAGAAAACAUUGCCAAAUAUAUUACAGAUAUGCUUCGAGUAAGUAUAGUGUAUGAUGUCAUAAUAUAGCGUGAUACUCGUGAUAAACCAGGAAAAAUUGUCCCGGAAAACAUUUUCCAAGCCAUCAGUGGUGUAACUUUGGGCUAAAGAGCCACCGGCUUGCAAUAGACCCCUCAUGGUCCUGCCCAUUUAAAGUGGCGAUAGGGGGGGGGGGGCUACGUCAAAAAGGUGGAAAAAUUUGGUGAAAUACAUCAACUUCGCCACUUUGUCGUCCUUGUUCAGAGGCCAUCUAACUGACUUGGGCCCUUGGCUUGAGCCAGGCGGCGCCCAAAGGAGUUACGCUACUAGCCAUGUUUCCCAACGUGGUGCUGCAUGUUUCACUUCUUCAAUCUUUCCUACAGGUUUUUGGAGCCAACGAGGGUCCUCAGUCAAUUGGUUUCCGGACUUCCAGUUCUACCAACACAGCGAAUCAAGAAGACAUCGCUUUGCCCUAUGUACAACUUUUGUCAGAUUUCAGAGAGCAAGUGCGCAAUAUCGCGAGACAAGAAAAAGUUGGGGAAAUAUUAAAGUUGUGUGAUCGUUUAAGAGAUGAAGAUUUACCAAACCUCGGGGUUAAACUGGAGGACCAGGAGGGUAAGCUCGAUUUAACCGAGAAAAUUCAUUCCAGUUCCCUCCAGCAUUAAUCUAACGAGGGAUUUCGAGUACAACUGUGCAAGUGCUAUUUCUAUAAAAUACUAUUAUAUAUAUUUAUAAAACCAUUGUUUUUUUUUAUUUCCCAGCCGAUUUUCUCUUCCUUUUUAGAAAGCCAGUCAUCUGUAAUAAAGUUUGUCGAUCCGGAAACAUUAAGAAAAGAAAGACAACAGCAACUGGAGGUAUUAGGUUAUUUCUGUCUAAAAGACUGAUAAUGAACACUUGUUUGUUCAUUCUUUCACUCUCUUACGUUUGGUAGGAGAUAGAAAAAAAGAAGAAAGAGAAGGAAGAAAUGAAAAGAAGGCAAGAAGAGGACAAGGUUGGUACGCAUGCAUGACAAUAAGCCUCCGUUUGCAGACAUAGCCAUUCCGUUCUUGAACUUAGAAACUGAAAAAAUAAUUAAAAACUGCUUGAAAGUCGAAAACCCACUUUAGCAUCAUCAUCAUGAUUCACAAUUGGUCUGAACUCACUUACAGGGAUUAUAUUUAAAACGAUGCGUUUUUGUUUUAGGCUGCUAAGUUAGCCAAGGCUCAAGUGCCCCCGUCAGAAAUGUUUAAACACGAAACUGAUAAAUAUUCAGCUUUCGAUGAACAGGUGAGAUAAAAUGAAACCUUAUUAUAGUAUAAGCUAAACACAACCCGUACGCGUCAAGAACAUUCAGAGUUACCGUUGUUUUGUAUUUCGGGAAAAUACUCAGUCAUUGUGAUGAUCACUUUUAUCUCGUAAAUAACACAGCCCCGGUCAAACGAGAGUUAAUGAGAGUUGAGUGAAGAAUUGUUACAGGAGACAUUUGAAGAACAGCUACCCAACGUCGCCAACUCUCGUGCACUCUCAUGGUUUGAUCCGGGCUUUACUCCCUUUACUAUUACAUUCAACAUUGAUUUGUGGGCCACGGGUGAGUGAUCUUUGUCCCAAUGUAUUUAUUCAACGAUUGUACUAGCCUGCGUGCAGGCCCAUGAAAGACAUGUGGGAAAAUACAUUUUAUAUUGCCAUAGCUUUGUACGUUUAUAACCGUGUUAAAUGGUGCUUUGCGUCUUUGUUUUAGGGCAUCCCCACUCAUGAUAAUACUGGAGAAGCAAUCAGCGCGAAGCAAAUCAAGAAGUUGAAGAAAUUAUAUCAACAACAAGAGAAACUAUAUAAUACAGUGGGGCCUGGGGCCGGUAAAUAACACACUUCUGACGUGGAUUAAUACAGUCAGGCUUCUAGGAACUUCUGAAAAUAAUAUGACCAAGACCCUCAAUUAUACAAAUACACAAUUAUAAUUAACAAUUUAAGUAUUGGAAAUUAUUUUGGACCGAAAAUGCGUUGAUUCAAAUACUGAUAUUUUAAAAAAGUUCAGAUUUUUAAUUACACUUCUAAUUUUACAAGAAACCCCAUUAGGUCUUUUUUCCAGGUAGUGAUUUACUAUAACCAUUACUUUUUAUUCCGAGCCAUUCAAAUCCUUUGCCGAUAAAUCCAAAAACAGUUUGCCGAGUCAGGCAGACAUUUGCCGAGUCUUUGAUGAAUGGGGGGGGGGGGUGUUACACCCCCACAGCAGCCCCUCUGGCUACGCCCCUGUAGUGCUCUGGAAAGUGUACCAAUCGUACCAGCAAGGGCACAACUCUAAACUUUUAAAUAAUUGUAGUUGUAUAUACUGUACUUUAAUAAUCAACAAAGUUUACAUAAUUAUUAUUAUUGUGCUCUUUUGUCGCACUACACUACAGUGUUUCUCGUUAGAAUUUUCACGUUUUUAUUUCAUUGUUUCCUUAAUCUAAGAAUUAACAGGCUGGCAUAUUUGGACUUUUUAGAGGCUAUAGGGUUAGGUUUGUUUAGGCUUCUCACAUGUGCGAGUCAGUUUACAUUAAUGUUCAUAGUACUUGACAAAGAUAUUUCUUCUUGAUUCUUCCUUUAUUUUAUGCCAUUCUACCAUGUUACUUGAAGUUGGUCUUGUUGGCCCAAUUAUCAACUUGUUCUGACGCCACAUGAACAAAUACUUUGCAACCCUGUCGCCAUAGCUACUGAUAGAAUUGCUGAUAUAACGCUGGAGUAGAUCAUCAAGUCCAUUAGCUUUGUAUGCUUUCUGCAGCAUCUUUUUCGACAUGCCCAUUGUGUUCCCAGGUGACUGAAGAAGAGAAGGGUCCUCGGCGAAAGAUACAUCAAUUCGUAUAGCUUGAUAGAGUCCGAGCAAUAUUUGCAGUGCAGUAUAACCUUCUCUUGAAAUAACAUUCCCGUGGUAUUCAGAAAUAUUUGCAAAGCCAAAUUGCCACCAGAUAGGGUUAGUAGAAGCUGGAAAGAGGUCUUCAUAACAGAUAUGAAAUAAUUGAUGAACCUCAGAAUCUGCUGGUAGACAGUUAGGUUUGUGCCGUCGCCAGUGAGCAGUCUGACAUCCAACUGAACAGUAUGUGUUUAUCUUACAACGACUACAUCUUUUCACACUCUCGUCCUCCUUCGUACAACGAAAACACGACAUUGUUACUAGUAGAUAUUAAACGAAUGAGUAGAACAACCGAUUGUCCGCACUGAUUGUUUUGCUUACUUCCUGA